AUAAUAAUAAUAAUAAUAAUAAUAAUAAUAAUCACGGUAGUCUACACACAGAAAUGUGUUGCUGUCGGCUAUAAACCUAACAUAACAAAUUGGUUUUCUAGAGGUAAUUGUAAGGCAUCACAUGUUUCAAUAACAUUCUAUACCUAUUUCUGCAUAAUCUAUCACUAUCAACAAUAGUGUAUUUGAGCACAGUCGUACAGCAGAGACGAUGGUCCUGAAUUUAUCAAUGAAAAAUGCCUCUCUGGUCGUUAUCUCAGCUCUGAUAUUGCAGUAUACUAAGCUACUGCAGAGAAGAACGUGGUUUACUUGACUCCCAGCGAAGGCUUUUUCGAAAACGCUUUUUCAACAGACCUUUUUGCGUAAUGUUCUAUUGCUAGCGCAUAAACUGUGGACGCAGCAAAGAAGAGGGAGUCGGUUGCCAAUUAAAACGUGAAGGACGUAUCCCACAAUUUUGUUCAAGGACACCGGAUCAUGAAAUGUGGACUGCACUUUGACCAUUUAGCUAACGUGUUUCACGAUCCUGAGACAACAUUUGAGAUGCUUGUAGUGCAUGGAGCUUGCUGCAGCUAUUCGCUAGCGUACUCUUAAAAUUGUUCACGGUUAAGUUUUUUUCCCCCUAUUUAAACGGGCAUUGCUCCGUUUUGCGGUGUUCAGAGUUGUAGUCUGUAAUAUUGCGAUGGCGUGCAUACAGGGUACGCGGGGGCUUGUGCUCAACGUGGGCUACAACCUGAUUCGUUUGUGGGAUUUCCUUUUUCACCGUCCUUGAACAGAUCGGGUAGCCUCUGCAGUCCCAGCGUCCCUGCCCCCUGUUUACUGCUAUGGGAGCACCCUGAGCGGGAUCCCCGUCCUCCUUGGCUCCGGACCAGCAGUGGAUCGGGACAAGGGAAGGAGCUGAGCGGGUACCGACAGAACAGGGUUCAUAAAGGGACUGGGCUUUAGUACCGCGUUUCUGCGAUGCCAAGAGAGCAGGAUGCUGUCUCCAGAGUUGGAAACUGAUACUGCUGCGGAGGACACGGCGCCCAGCACCCCGAACGGAAUCGAAGGCACCCCGGCCAGCAUCGACGCCUUGGAAGAGCAGCGGCCGGUGAAGCAGUCACUCAGCGCCUCCAUGUGGCGGGAGUCACACUGGCGCUGCCUGCUGCUCUCUCUGCUCAUGUACAGCUGCCUGGGGGCAGUGGCCUGGUGUCAGCUGACCCGCGUGACUAAACUGAGCUUUGACUCCUCCGUCACCUCCUCCCUCACGGCCUCCAUCUCCUCCCUGCGGGGGGGCGGGGGCGGCGGCCGCUCCAUGAUCUACCACGACAGCCCAUGCUCGGACGGCUACGUGUACAUCCCGCUGGCCUUCCUGCUCAUGCUGUACGCCGUGUACCUGGUGGAGUGCUGGCACUGCCGGGCCCGCGCCGAGCUGCAGUGCAAGGCUGACGUGGACAGCGUGUACGAGCGCGUGCUCCGCAUGCGCCAGGCCCGGCCCUGCGUCUGGUGGAAGGCCAUCAGCUACCACUUUGUGCGCCGGACCCGGCAGGUCACCCGCUACCGCAACGGCGACGCCUACACCACCACGCAGGUGUACCACGAGAGGGUGAACACCCACGUCGCCGAGGGGGAGUUCGACUACGCGCGCUGCGGGGUGCGGGACGUCUCGCGCGACCUGCGGGGCCUGGAAGGCCACCCCGCCACCCGCCUGCGCUUCACCAAGUGCUUCAGCUUUGCCGGCGCCGGGCCUGAGAACGCCUACCUCAACCAGCGCGCCCACUUCUUCUCCGAGAUAGAGGGGCUGGACGACUACAUGGAGGCGCGGGAGGGGAUGCAGCUGAAAAACGUGGACUUCAAAGAGCACCUAAUCGCCUAUGUGGACCCCGACCGGCUGCCCUGGUACACCUCGCACGCGGCAUUCUGGCUGGCCGCCCUGCUCAUGUUAUCCUGGCCGCUGCGGGUCCUCGUGGAGUACCGCACAGCCUACGUGCACUACCACGUGGAGAAGCUCUUUGGACUGGAGUACAGCAAUGGCAGCCCAUCCCCCUCCGGGGAUAACGUGCCCAUACGGAGUGGCAGCUACGGUUUCCCCAGAGCGGAGACGGUGGACAGCACCGAGCUGGAGUGGCACAUCCGCUCCAACCGCCAGCUGAUUCCCAGCUACUCCGAGGCCAUGCUGAUGAACCUGGGCGGCUCGGGUUCGGGUUCCGGGGAGACGCGGUUGUCCCUGCGGGACAGCUACGCAGCCCGGAGCUACGGAGCCUUGGUGCGCGACUGCGAGCGCUGCUGCCAGCGACAGGACGGCCAUGGGCCGGCGGCUACCAGCUCCAGCUGCUCCUCCAUCUUCUCCCGCCACGCCUUCCACUCGCGGCUGUCCCUGGACACGUCACGCUUCUCGCUGUGCCGCAUGUAUGGGUCGCGGCGGACCGUGGGGCUGUGGCGCAGCCGGAGCAGCACGCUGACAGAGCGCUGUUGUGUCGAUGAGCAGUGCUGCCGCUCCUCCAGCCAGCUCGCCCUCAAUGACAGUCCGCCAACUUACCGCGACGCCCGCUUCUUUCCCGUCCUCAUCGUGCAUCGCCCUGAAGGCUGCGGUGACUCUUCCGAGGUGCGGCGCUACUACAUCCGCAGAGGGUCCUGCUGCCUGGAGACCUCGCUCUGAGGCCUCAAAGCCUCGCCCUGAGGCCACUGCAGGCAGUCUCCCUGCUUAUACUGGGCUAUGCAUCUGGACCCAUUCCACACAUGAGGUUCUGAACUCUCUUUUGUUCUCAGACACACCCGGCACUCUGAUCCGCAGAGGUUCUACAAUUAGCUCAUUCAUAAGCAUGUUGUAUAUCUCUGUGGUGAGCUCCUGUUCGCAAGGGCUUGUAGACUAGAGAAGACAAGAGCAUAUUCCUGAGCACCCCGUCAUCCAGUUAUCAAGGUGCUUUUGUGUGAAAGAAUAAAAUCAUACAGAAUCUAAAUUGCUGCUCCAAGCAAUAAGCUGUGAAAAAUGAGGUUGCUUUCCAGCCUAAUGUCUCUGUCUGGGGUCAUACCCUUCUCCAUUAUAACAAUUCAGGGUUCCCACUCGUCCUGGAAAACCUUGAAAACCUGGAAAUUUAUUGACUAGUUUUCCUGUCAUUGAAAACACCUGAAAAAUGAGAAAAUUUACAAAAUGUCCUGGAAAUAUUUGUGUGGUCCUGGAAAAUUGUAGGCUAGGCUAAAAGUCAAGCUGUUAAGCAGUAUAUUUAGAGCUGAGAUUGCAUAUUUUCCUGUAUUUUUCUCAGCUUUUCUCAUUUUUAUUAGCCACCCCCCCCCCCCAAGUCAUGGAAAUUGUCCUUGAAAAGUCCUGGAAAAUGAUUUCCUAAAAUGAGUGGGAACCCUGCAAUUAUACCCAGUCCUUGAUUUCCAUGUCCACAACAGCCUUCAGAGUCUGAGCAUUACAGGCAUAACUGAGAUCUCAGAUCCAGCCUAACAGUACCCCACAGUGCCAUUCCUCCUGGAUACCAUCAAAAUUUACCUGCUACAGAGUGUUUGUACUUGAGGUCUGUGGUCACCGUCAGCUCCUAUCCUGAGGCUUACAUUCAAUCAACGAUGGCAGUCACCCAUUGGCUGGAUUCAGUAAACUAUAGAGAAACCAUUCCCUCUGUCACCUGACGUGCGAUGACUCAAGCUGCCUCAUACCGAAUCUGCACAUAUCUCUGACAUCUGCAUGCCAUUAGGUAAGAAGGAAGCCAUUGGCCUUGAGGGGAUUUGCUAUAUAUGGUAUAUACCAAUGGUCUCCAACCCUGGUCCUGGAGAGCUACAGGGUCUGCUCGUUUUCAUAGUGACUUUGCACUUCAUGAAGCAAUUAGAGCAGUUGAUUACACAGUUAACUCAACUCCCCUGGUGUCUUGGAUCUCAACUGGGUGCUGAUUUUAAGGUGAAAACAAAAACCAGCAGACCCUGUAGCUCUCCAGGACAAGGGUUGGAGACCACCGGUAUAUACUGACGUUGCAACAUAGAUAAUCACAAAUAUGGUUAAAAUUAAAACUGCGUUCCUGAUUAUACACAAAAAUCUUGUAAGAUGCAAGACUCACAGAAACUUGGCAUGGACCACACAUACCAUAGUUCCAGAUAAAAUUGCUUAAACUUUACUGCUCAUUCGGUCAAGAGAAUAACCAUGUUUAUAUUCCUAUGAGUCAUAUCAAAUACAAGACUUAUACAAAGGUUGACUUAAAGUAAGUUUGUCAUGCUCAUUUCACACAGUUUCAUAUGCAGGUCAACCUUCUUAUGGUACUCCACGCAAAAAUAUGAACCAUGUAUUUUCCUUGACAGAUCCCGUGAAUGCUAAACUGUAAUGAUUGCUUCUUUAAAAGCACAAAGAAGCAAUGCACUUUGGGAUUGCUGGUUUCCUGGCUCCAAAGUCUCCUUUUCGAAUUGGUGUGAUUUCAUGGUUUUGAAAAGGGACACUUUGGAAUGAGAAAGCCAGCAAUCCCAUGGUGCACUGCUCCAUUGCUUUUAUAAACAAAGGCCUUAAGUCUUUUUAAAUGCAAACGAAAAAAAGAGGAAGAAGUUUUAAAACAGGAACCAAGAGUUAUUCUAACUAACCUGCUCCAUUUCUAUUGAUGCUUUUGUCCCAAUGGAGGUUUCCAUUUAGCAAACCAGUGAUGGUUAAUAUAUCUCUAUCUUUUGGUGUUGUACAGUUCAUUCAUGUCUAAACCCUGACUAAAUUACAUACUGUCUAACACAGUAUAAACAAAUGUUUCAUUACAAAUACGCCAAAAAGAUAAUUAAAAGUUAGUUACCUCAGUUAUUAAGGUAGGUAUUUUGAUGCAUGUUUCUUUUUUAUGAGGAUAAUGCCUUAAGGAAUGUAUUUCUUGUUUUGUAUAUGGAUUUGUCAAGUUUUAAAAGCACUAGAUAGAAAGAAUAAAACCAAUGCUCUGCACUUAGAGAACAGACAAGAUGCCCUUGUUCUUCAUGUAUAAAUUGUGUAUGUAUUUUAUAUUCAUAUCCUUUUUUAGUUCCUAUUAUGUGGGAUGGGGUGGUAAUGAAAUGUAUAAGAAAUUAUUUAAAUUUUGUUUGAAGCCAAAAUGAAUCUAAGAAAUUUGAUUCCUAUAACUUACUGUAUGCAAAACAAUGCCUUAUUGUGUGAUUAUACCUUAUUUCUUACACAAUCUAAAAAAAAAUACUUUUGUCUGUAUGCAUUUUUGUGUAUAUGAAUCAUAUUUCGCAAAUAAGAACCUUCAUUUUAAUUUUCACUCUGAUACUCAGACACAGGCACAUAGAAAAAUUUAAAUAAUGCACUUGAUAAUUGACCCUUAGUGGUAGUGUGCACUGUAUGUAGACAAAUGCAAGUCUAUACAAAAUCCCUCAUUAUUACAGAGAUCAUCACAUCAGUUAAGUUAGGGAGUUUUUUUAUUUAUCCUGUAAAGAUCCCAUGCAUCUUUUAUACCUACUGGUUAUACAGAACAAUAGCUUGUUGAGCAGCAGUAUGUAGAUUUAGGUUGACUGCAGUCUGUCUUGCCAUCAACACAGAGACCUUUUUGCAGGUGGUGUUUCUCCGGUUCUGAAAAGAUAUCCUGAAAGCCGAGAAUGCUUUGUUUGCUCUCGUGUUGUUGCGGAUGUGUUUUCCUGUGCUGAUCUCUGCAGCGCAGAGAUAUUUACUGAGCUCCGCAGCAGAAUCCAAGAGUCUGCUCUGGAAAGCUCGCUCGUGCUGUCUGCUGACUCAUCUCCUGAUCUUUCUGGGCCUGUGGUGGAGGAUGGUGCUGUCUGUAUGAAACUCGGAGGAAGAGCUCUUCUCAGACAGCAGUCAGACUACACAAAUGUACCACAGAUAUAUGGAUUUAUUAUGCCUAUGUCUGAAUGCCAUUAUGUGGUGAUAUAUUGACUGUAAAAGGAUAUUCUGUACAUCUAAAUAUAAGUACUGUACUUACUAUUUAAAAACCUGUCCAGGAUAGUGAUACUCAGUCCAUGUUUUUUUGCUCGCUGAAACAUCUCUUGCCCCGAGGACUAAGUGUUCUGAGUAGUUCUUCACUUGCUGUGUGUCUUAUGGUGACAAUGGUACUUUGUGAUUAAAAAGUUCCAUUUGUGAGUUGA